GGGCAAACUAAGCAUUCGGAUAUGGGAAGUAAAGUCAAUCCAUCAUCAGCGGUAUCUGCAACAUCGCAACUAUAAGUACAGGCGUUUUGCUGCUGUUCAUCAUGGCAAUUACACUCCAGGCUCAUCGGUUUCUAAAUCUAUCUUCAUCGUCAAAAGCUGCUAAAAUGGUUGCUGCCAUCAUAUGCACCAGCCUUUUGCUUCUCGGUCUCGGCCAAGCAGCAACCGUUCCUCUUCCUCCGGGCACUGGACCAUGCGACGUCACGCUCAAGGCCAGUGAACUAGUCGACUGGUCUCGAACCAAUCCAUUCAACCCAAAAGGGGGGAAACGUGCCCUCAUGGUCACAACCUUUACACCCUUCAAAUGCGGGGGUGUGCUCUCUGAAUCCUACAUGCCAGAUGCAACAGCAGCAUAUGAAGAUGAAACAUUCCAGUCUUUCGGGCUACCUGCAGGAACGUUCGAAUCCUUUCGCAUCCAGACACAGCAACAGCCACUCUCGUCUAGUAACAACGAAAGUUACCCAAUUGUGCUAUUCUCACCGGCCCUGGGAGUAUCAAGAUUGAUGUACACCUCGCUGCUUCAAGACAUUGCCAGUCACGGGUUUGCUGUCAUCUCUGUCGAUCAUCCGUAUGAUGCCAAUAUUGUGGAAUUUCCCGAUGGUAGUACUGUUAUCGGUAUCCUCGACAACACCACAACAGACGCACAAUACACUUGGGCAAUGAACGUUCGCGUCCAAGACAUGAUCUUUGUUUACAACCAAACCCACAACGAGACGGCGGUUAGAGAUAUAUUCCCCUUGUCACUAAAAAAUUCACAUCUACUCUCUCUCGACCGAGUAUCCAUCACCGGCCAUUCCCUCGGCGGAGCUACAGCAGCGCAGACAAUGUUAGUUGACAACCGAUUCGUCGGAGGCAUCAAUUUAGAUGGUACAUUCUGGGGAUCCGUUCUUAAAAAGGGACUGUCCAACCCGUUCCUAAUGUUCAGUAACGCGAAUCACACCGCAGAAACUGAUUCCAGCUGGGGAACGUUCUGGUCGAAUUUACGAGGAUGGAGAUUGGAGCUACGACUCGCACAGUCUAAGCACUAUUCCUUUUCCGACGUUCCGGUGCUGAUAGAUUCUGUGAGUAUAUCUGACGAAGUGAAAGAAAUUGUUCAAGCGACUUAUGUUGGAACAAUUGGCGCUUUGCGCGCUAAGAAUGUGGUUGUCUCAUAUAUGGUUGCUGCCUUGCAGUAUUUUGCUUAUGGGCGCACGUCGGAUCUACUGAGUGGCCCAUCUGCGGCGUAUCCGGAUGUCACUUUUCCUAGGGAUAACACGGACUACACAGGCACCACGUCUACUGAAAUCAACACUGAACCCUCCCACAGGCGUCCCACCAACGACCAUGACUGGUCCUUAUUACUAUUAUCAACUGUGUCAGCAUCAUUAUCAUCAUCGUCAACAUCAUCUUCAACAGCAACAACAAUAACAACCUACUUCAUCAUCCUCCGCACCAGCAACACCACCCACCUCGACAACCUAGGCGCCAGCAUCCUCAACGUAAACGGCACAACCAACCAAACCACCGCAAUCUUCAACUGUCAAAGCAGCAAACUCGGCAACUGUCUCAUCACAGUACCAGUAUCAGCAACGAACGGCCCGUCAACUGCAGAACUCACUCUCACGAGCGUCGACUCAAUCACUCCCUUAACCCAUCGUCUGAAGUCUACCACAUCGAUGGUGAUCCAAUAUGCGAUCCAUACUUACGUCGUUCAAUGUGACAUUACAGCCUCCUUUAAUGCUUCCUGCACUACUACAGAUUAUGCUUGGGAGUCCUCUGCUGCCUUCACGUUUCCUUAUACGUCGACCUAUUCGAGGACGGUGUCAGCUCUAGCGUAUAUGUCUAUUCCGAUUACAGCUGGGUUGGAGAAGUUGAGUAGAUCGGUUGGUGUGUCUACGGCGGUUGCAGAUCCUACUACAUCUGCCACAGAAGGAACGGUGCCACAUCCUGAAGAGCAUUUCAAGAGCCCAUUGGCGUGGAUAGCAGCCCCCAUCGUGCUUCUUGUUGUGGCGGGUGCUUUGAUCGCUAGUGUUAUGCUCUGGCGGAAACGGAAGAGAUCUGCUGAUCAGCCAGCAUCAUCGGAGGGUGAGGAGGAUACGGCCUGGGGUGGUUUUGGGAAGGCGGAGCUGCCGACUGCGGGGUGUGGUAUUGUGGAGGCUCUGGGACAUGAGCAGGAGUGGGUCGAGUUGGUCGCGGUUGGGAAUGAGAUAUCGGAGCUGCCGACGAACUGGAAUGUGGCGGAGUUGUCAGCUCAUUGGGACGUGGCGGAGUUGCCUGGGUAG